AUGUCUUCCAAAGAUGACCCUGUUACAAUCAAAAUGAUAGAAAGAAAUCCCAAUGACCUUCCUGGAAUGGACACCAGUGACAGGAAGACAUUGACAGGAAAAGCUGUGUUAAGUUUUCAUAACAUCAGCUAUCAAAAGAAAGUGCAGAGUGGUUUUCCAUUUCUUAAAAAACGUUGGGUGAUAGAUAGACUAUCAAAUAUCAGUGGGAUCAUGAAGCCUGGCCUCAAUGCUAUCAUGGGACCUCAGGACGGGAGCAGAUCUUUGCUGUUAGAUGUUUUAGCUGCAAGGAAAGACCCACGUGGAUUAUCGGGAGAUAUUUUGAUAAAUGGAAAACCUCGACCUGCUAAUUUCAAAUGUGCUUCUGGUUAUGUCCCACAAAAUGACACAGUGAUGAGCACGGUGACUGUGAGAGAGAAUGUAGAAUUCUCAGCAGCUCUUCAACUUCCAAUGUCUGUAACAAGAGGGAAAAAAAAGCGAGUUAAUGAGAUCCUUGAACUUCUGCAUCUGAAUGAGAAGUCAAAUGUCAAGCCUAGAUCUAAGGAGCUCAUGAAGAGGACCAGUAUAGCAAUGGAGCUGGUCGCCGAACAUCCCAUUUUGUUCUUGGAUGAUCCCACCACUGACUUAGACUUGAGAACUACUAAUAAUGUCAUCUCAGUCCUGAAAAGGAUGUCUAUGAGGGGACAAACAAUCAUCUUCUCCAUUAAUCAGCCCCCAUACUCCAUCUUCAGAUGUUUUGAUAGCCUCACCUUAGUGGCAUCAGGAAAAGUCAUGUUUCACGGCCCUGCACAGAAGGCCUUGGAGUACUUCACAUCUGCAGGUUAUGACUAUGAUUCCCAUAACAACCCUGCAGACUUCUUCCUUGACAUAAUUACUGGAGGUUUCUCUGCUAUAUUAGACACAGAGGAAGAUGAUCAUGAAGCCAACAAUUAUAAAGAACUUUCUGAGAGACAGCACCAAGUCACAGAAAAAUUAGCCAAUACAUAUGCUCAGUCCUCCUUAUACAGAGAAAAGAGAACUGAACUGGAUUUACUCUUGAGGGAACAGAAGUCCAGGAGGGAUCCAGUCUUGGAGGAGAACAUGUGUGCCACCCCUUUCUGGCAUCAGCUCUGGUGGAUUAUCUCUCGUUCAUUCAAAAAUUUGCUGGGUUUUCCAUGGGUCACUUCGAUUCAGGCAAUUAUCACAGCCAUACUGGCGGUGAUUGUGGGGGCCAUUUUGCAUGUCCUAAGAAAUGAUUGUAAUGAAGUCCAGACCAGAGCCAGCCUGCUAUUCUCGCUCACAGCCUUCCAGUGUAUCACAAGCGUGUCUGCCGGGGAGCUCUUUGUGAUCGACAGGGAUCGCUUUUUACAUGAGCACGCCAGUGGAUACUACAGAGAGUCAUCAUAUUUCUUUGGGAAAUUGCUGGCUGAACUGGUACCCAGGAGGUUAUUGCCAAGUAUUAUAUUCACUGCUAUCAUAUUCAGCAUAACCGGAAUCAUAACAGAUGUGAAGGGAUUCUUCACUAUGUUGUUUACCAUCAUGAUGCUGGCUUAUUCUGCCAGCUCUCUGCCACUGUCUAUAGGAGCAGGGGAGAAUGCAGUGGCUGUGCCAACACUACUUGUGAUGUUCUACUUUGUGUCCAUGCUGUUUUUCUCAGGUCUGUCAGUAUAUUCAGGAAGCUUACUACCUGGGCUUUCACAAAUUCAAUACAUUAACAUUCCUCAUUAUGGAUUCACAGCUUUGCUGCACAAUGAAUUCUUGGGGCAAAACUUCUGUCCAGAACACAAAACAGCAGAAAUCAGUAGAUGUCAGAACCACGUAAUAUGUACUGGUGAAGAAUUCUUGACAAACCAGGGCAUUGAUCUCUCACCAUGGGGCUUCUGGCAGAAUCACGUGGCCUUAACCUAUAUAAUGAUUAUCCUCUUAUCAAUUACCUAUAUGCAGUUGUCAAUACAGAAGAAAGUAGAUGUUCUCAGGUCUGAGUGGAGGAAGUUCAACAGUUAUUUAAAGAGAUGUGAUUCCAAACUAUUCUAAAUAAUAAUACUUAAACUCAUGGACAAAUGCUACAGCCAGCAUCACCCAGAAGAGAUUCCCAUGUAAUGAACUAUGAUGAGUGCAGAGACCCAUGGCUGCACAAGGUACCAGAGUAGGUGACACUUGAGUGCCUCACCUGUAGAAACUGCCUUUUAGAAUAAUUGCCCACUCCUAUAUUUGCUGGUUCCCAAGAUCCUUUGCACUCCUAUAGAUUACAACUAUGCUGCUAUGUCUGCACGAGUCUUCAUUUCCUUUGGGUUUCUAUAAUUUAUAUUCAAAAGUCCUUCAUUCUGUCUUUUUCCAUGACAGGAAAGUACUCAUCAGUAAUAUAGGUUUUUUUCAAUGUCUUAUAAACUGAUGCACAAUGGAACAAAAAGUCCAGUUUGGCUCAUGGUACAGACUCAGUGUGCCCCUGGUUCUUCCUGUUGACCCUUUCAGUGUUCCUUCUAGCCAAUAUGUAUUCCUGUGACUCUGUUGAACCCAGCCUCUCUCUAGCAGGGACCCACAGCUGCCACACUAGGCUAGUUCUCACGUAGGGGACCUUCAUCUUCCUUCCUCUCUACACUUACCUGCAGUCCUGCUGGCACCUGUCCACAUAUGCCACCACACACACCAAGCCUGUCUCCACCCACAGUGCAGCAUGAGUUUUCUGGCCCAUCUGGGUCUUGCCACCAUUGAGCCCCAAAUAAACACACAUAUGCUUCAUUAGUUAUAAAACUUUUGGCGAAUGACCAGGGCUUCUCAUUGGCUAUCUCUGUCUUAAUUAUUAAUCCAUUUCUAUUGAUCUAUGUGUUUCCACAAGGUCUUGGCUUACCAGGGAACUCCCAGAACUGCUACUUCUUUGUUGGCUACAUGGAGACUCCUGUCUACCUAACACUUACCAGAAUUCUCCUUGUCUGGUAGCCCUGCUUGUCCUUCCUGCCUGGCCAAUCAGUCUUUUAUUCAUCAACCAAUAAGAGAAACAUAUGUACAAAAGACAUUCCCCUAUUACACAAGGACCCAGUCUUUUGUUAAUGACCCAGGGAACUCCUAGCUCUUCCCUGCAACCCUGUCAGUAUUUCCUUCUAACCAAGCUCUGUGAGUAUCUACUGACCUGCAGAACAGCUCUCCAAAUAGACUGAAAUUUAGGACCCACACAUUGGCCACACUUGUCUAGAAACAGAUUGGGCAACAGCAACCAAAAACAGAACAUCUACCCAAUGAAGACCAGACCACGUACUUACACAAAGAAAGACUUUAAAUAUCAUAAUUCCAGAUGCCUAGAUCCCAGUGAAUAAAAUACAAACAUGACCAACAUUACACCUCCUCUAGAAUCCAGCAACCCUCUCAAAACUAUGAAUAAAUGAUCUACUGUAAGAUCCAGCUAUAAUACUCUUGGUUAGGGACCCAAAGAGCACUAAGUAGCAAAGAUACUUGCUCAUUUAUCAUGUUCACUGAUUCCCUAUUCAUAACACCUGGCACUACACCAACUGGCAUCAAGGCUACCUUAAAUGCCCUCCCCCAUAAUGAGUUUGAUGACUACCAUAUAUACCAUCCUAGAGCCCAUCCAGUGGCUGGUGGAAGC